AUGGAUUCCUUCGAAUCGAGCCCGCAGACUGAGCCACUUCUUGGUAGUAGGCGAGCAGCAAACGAUUACGGUGCCCAUAAUGCCUCGAGAAGCUUGCCUCCGGAUUGCGACACGGGCGGCCGCCCAAGUUUACACGACACUGAGAACGACUUGAAGUACAAUACCGACCAUGAUUCCGAAUCUGAUUCUUGUUCCGGUUCCGAGUCUGAGUCGGAACACGAGAUUAAGAAGAGGCGGGCUGAGCGACUUCGUCAGGUUGGCGGCUGGCGAGGCUAUCUGAAAGAUUUCACUAUCUUUGCGCCCUACCUCAUACCGAGUAACGAACCUAGGGUCCAGACCUGCAUACUCGUCUCGCUCUUGACGCUGGCGGGCCAGCGCGUCCUCAAUAUCGCCAUUCCACACCAACUGGGCGUCGUCGCAGACAAGCUUUUGGGUCGCGAGCCACCUUACCGCGAAUUGUUGAUCUGGCUCAUACUCAGCAUCUUGAAUGCAAAAUCAGGCCUCGGUUUGAUUCAAGAACUUGUUAAGGUCCCAAUCAAGCAGUUUUCGGAACGCCGUGUUACAGAUGCUGCUUUCUCUCAUGUCAUGAACCUUUCAAUGGAUUUUCACUCUGAAAGGGACUCGGCCGAGGUCAUGAAGGCCCUAGAGCAGGGAGGAGCCCUGAUGAGCAUUAUGGAAACUGCCGUCAACGAAAUCCUGCCCACGGUGGUAGAUCUCACAAUGGCUAUCGGGGUGCUGUACUGGAAAUUCGGCAUCUACGCUGCGGUACCUAUGGUGUUCGCCUUUGCCUCCUUCCUUGGCCUCGAAAUUACAUCGUCGAGGUGGAACGUUGAGCCACGUCGUCAAUCCGCCAAGGCCGACCGCGAGCAGGCCAAGGUUAUGCAUCAAGCUGUGCAGGGUUGGACGACGGUGUCGCAUUUCAACAUGUUCGACUACGAGCGCAGGCGAUUCGGACAAGCAUUGGAAGCCAAGCUCAAGGCGACCUGGACAUGGAGUUUGCGCAACAUAUGCACAGAAGGCCUUGUCGAGCUACUGGAGCCCUUCACCUUUUUCACGCUGUCUUGCAUCGUUUUUUACGAAGUUUCGCAUGGUCGUGCCAAGACAGGCGACUUUGUCUUCUUGAUCGAGUAUUGGGGCUAUCUCAUUUGGCCGCUAAAGUUUCUUUCGCAAAACUACCGUUGGAUGAUGGCUGAUUUGAUUGAUGCUGAACGCCUGCUGUACCUCAUGCAGGCUAAGCCGACAAUCGUCGACUCUGAGGACGCAUACCCAAUCGGGCAUGUCGAAGGAAAUGUCAACUUUGAGAGCGUACGCUUCUCCUACGACUCCGUCAGAGACAUCGUUAAAGGUGUCAGCUUCUCUGCACUACCGGGCCAGACCGUCGCCAUCGUGGGCGCGACAGGCGCUGGAAAAUCAUCAGUCACCAAGUUACUGUUUCGUUUCUACGAUGUUACAGGGGGCCGGAUCACCAUCGAUGGUCAUGACAUACGAGACAUCACUCUCGAUUCGUUAAGGACCACUUUAGGGGUUGUGCCACAAAGUCCCAUGCUCUUCAAUGGUACUAUCAUGGACAAUUUGCGGUACGCAAGGCUCUCUGCAACCGACGAGGAUAUUUAUUCCGCUUGCCGAGCAGCUGCAAUUCAUGAGAGCAUCAUUGGCUUUCCGGAUGGAUAUGGCACCAAGGUGGGUGAGCAAGGAAUGAAGCUUUCUGGUGGCGAGACGCAGCGUCUGGCUAUUGCCCGCAUUAUUCUCCGAGAUCCCCAGAUCCUUGUCCUCGACGAGGCGACUAGCGCAGUGGAUACAAACACAGAAUCGAUGAUUCAAAGCGCCUUGGAAGCCUUCAAGUCUGAUCGCAAACGAACUACCUUCGUUAUUGCCCACCGACUUUCGACAAUUGUCGGGGCUGACCAAAUCCUAGUGAUGGACAAAGGACUGCUGGUUGAGAAAGGGACACAUGAGGAGCUUCUGAGAACCGAUACCAUGUAUAAGACACUCUGGAGCAAACAGCUUGCGCUAUGA